CAUCAUUCUUCACAGAUAACGCUCAGUAUGAACUGCUAUCUGCAGUUUGACUGUCCAGGCACUGGAUUUAAGAGCUGUGGUACCGAACCGCACAGUUCAGUAGCUAACGCAGUUCAGUCGCAGAGAGUGGCCCGAAUAUUGAAUGAAAAUUCUAAGAGAAACAGGAAUACGAGACACCGCGAAAAAUGCUGCCGCCGACGUACGUUCCUGGUUUCCACGACGAGGCCGCCGUGAAGGCGAUGCGCUAUAAUGACCUCGGCACGACGGGUCUCAAAGUGUCCCACCUGGGUCUGGGUGCUGGCCCGCUUGGUUGUUAUGGAGACUACCCCGAAGAAGAGGGAAUCGCAGCAGUGCGGGAGGCGGUCCGGCAGGGCAUCAACUACAUUGACACGGCACCCCUGUACGGCAAGUCCGAAGAGGUUCUCGGCAAGGCCCUGAAGGGCAUCCCGCGGCAGGCGUACUAUGUCGCCACCAAGGUCUCGCGCUAUGCGCAGUGGGAACCGCGCACUAUGUUCGACUUCUCUGCAAAGAGGACAAGGGAGAGCUUUGCGAAGAGCCUCGAGCUACUGCAGCUGGACUACGUGGACAUCAUACAGGUGCACGAUGUGGAUUUCGCUAUAAACCCAGACAUACUUAUCCAGGAGACACUUCCGGCACUGCAGGAGAUUGUGGCAGCGGGCAAGGCGAGGUUCAUCGGUAUCACGGGGUACCAUCUGGAGCCACUCCGCGAGAUCAUCGAGAAGAGCACAAGUGUGAAAGUGCACACGAUACUGUCGUUCACGAGAGACACGCUCAUAGACGACACGCUGCAGCGGCAUCUUCCAUUCUUCAAGGAGAAGGGCGUGGGCGUGAUCUGCGCUGCAGGUGUGGCAAUGGGUCUCCUGAGCAGUUCGGGGCCGCAGCCGUGGCACCCGGCGCCCCAGGAGCUGAAGGACGUGUGCCGAGCAGCGGCCGACUACUGCAAGGAGAGGGGAGUGGAGCUUGCACGGCUGGCGGUGCACCACGCCUUGACACGUGAGGGGCAGGCGACGCACCUCGUCGGUGUCAACAGUGUGCGAGAGCUGCAGUCCAACCUGCAGAUCCUGCGCGAUGGGCUGACUCCCGCAGAGAAAGAGGUGCUGCGUGACAUCCAGCAGAAGUUCUUCGCCAAGAUGCCGGUGCGCCACUGGGAAGGCCUGCAGCUGCCGAAGCUGAAGGAGGAAUGGCGCAAGUUGGGGAUGCUCUGACCUGUGUUUUAUUUACUUCCCCCUUUCCUUUGAAAUUAAUAUUCACUCAUUCUGUAAUUCGUUUUCACUCAGGUGUGUACAUGAAUUCAAAUGUCAAUUACAAAAUUCAUAUAGAAUAAAACUGUCUAUUAAUUUUCAUAAUAAAUAAAUAAAUAAAUAUUAUAUUA